AUGUCGUUCCAAGUACCCUACGAGUCCAGCCCGCCUGAGACCCCAGAGAAAAUGCAAUCUCGCAGUCUCUGGAGUAACAUUUCGACAACUCCUGCCGGCCCGCCGCCGUCCACCGCAGGUUCAUUCAAACCGCAUUCUACAUCCGACAUCAAUGGCGGCUCGCGCAUCAACUCCUUCUCCAGAAAUGAGAGCGCAUUCGCGACAAACCAGCACUCCUUCUCGAGAAAUGAUUUUUCAAACUCCGUCUUCACCAAGUCCGGUAACAUCAACACAAAUGAUAGCAUCUUUGGUUCAUCUUUCGGAUCUACCGAUUAUGCCAUGCCUAAACAGACUAAUACUUUUUCCAAAGCCGCCACCAAACCUAGUCUUCGUUUCGGGGUGAUGAAUGGAGGAUUUGACGACUCGAUGAACUUCGGGCAGUCUAAUGGGUUUGCCUCGUCUCAACUAAGCGAUUUUCACGACGAGCAUGAAGACCAGAUGGAACGGGAGGAAGAAGAACUUGCGGAAGGAGACCUUGGAGAGAAGGAACAAGCCGAAGAGGAAAUGGACAUAAGCACCCAGGAUCCGUCUAAGAAGUUCAAUUUCUUGGACUCGGCUUUCGGGAACCCGUUCGGAUCUGAGCCAUCCAUGGGAGCGCAGCGCAAACCGAUCUAUUCGAACCCAAGCGAUGCCAAGCGCCCGAAACUUGACGAACGCUGGGCGCACCAGUCACCAAUCCGCAAGAACCUGGCUCCGAAGAAGCCAUCCGCAAUGCCAUCGAUUCUCCACAAUCUUGCUGCCAGAUCCCGCAUUCCCCUUGUCAGAGAGCCAAGCGAGUUGAUCCUCGAAACGGAGGACGCCAUUGGAAAACUUAUGGAUGAGCUCAAAGCGGCUGAAUUCAAACACGUCGAUUUUGAUUCUGUCUUGUCUAAUGUAUCAAAGGAAUUGGUGAAGAAUUGGCAGGAUUGCGCCGACGAAAGCGGUAUCGAGCGCCCCUACGGUUUCCAGACUGGUAUUGGGCCCGGGGAACAAGCUCCUGCCCUUGUGAAGGCUACCUUCUUGGCUUCGUUGUUGCUCCAAAUUCACCACCCUUCUCGUGACUUAGCUUCGACUGCCACCAUUAACCCUAUGCGCACUGGGGCUGCUGGUAUGGUGAAAGCCUUGGUGCGAGUUCCCGCCCCCAAGCCUCUGCCUCAGGUUUUGCUCGAUUGGCUCAGCGAAAAUCACGCAUCGCAGACCAAAGAUCUCCAAGCAUUGAAAUAUGUCGAACCGAACCCGACUGCCUCCUCAAACUUCUGGGAUAUCAUCAUUGCGUCUGUCCUGCGAGGUCGCUUGGCUGAUGCCGCAGAUGUUCUUCGUUCCGCAGAUUUCAACUAUGCCCGAUCUGCAUUGGAGGAUGGGCUUCCACAGCCUGGCUACCGCGGUGCACAGCUGCAAAAUAUUCAACGCUGCGUCAACAAGGCUCUUCAAAUUCUCGAAUCAUGCCCUGGUGUCCAGUCUCAAAACUGGGACAUCAGCGGACUGGAUUGGUCACAUUACCGGAAAAGAGUUCUCUCGGCCAUUACUGACCUGGAGGAAUUCGCCGAGGGAGAGGAGCGGGAUGAAUCGAUUGUGCCGGUUCAAGAGAAUCGCUUCCAGGCCGUCAACUUUGGCAUGUCCACUUUCAAUCAAAACAAUUCCAACAAGAACCCGAUCUCAUUCGCUCAAUCGGCUCGCAUGGCGGAAAGUCGUGUCCCGUGGUCGAUAUACCAGAGCUUGAGAUCGAUCUACCGAAUUAUUCUGGGCGACCCAUCUGCUAUCAAGGGCAAGUCCCAAGACUGGGUAGAGGCGACCAUCGCAUUGACGGCGUGGUGGGAUGGUGAGGAUGACAGCGGUUCCAGCAUGGAUUUCGGUGCCAGCACAUCCAGCGACAAUUUCCAAGAUUUCCUGCGCUCACGUGGACCCAAAACCCAGGUUCGCGCCAUCGACCGCAACAUGCGUGGCGCUUACCUGGAUCGUCUCGAGCUAGCUCUGAGCCACACUACCAGCGAUGCGUCCGACAACGCUGACUUCCGACCCAAUACUCUUAGCAGUGUGGAGGUCGGUCUUGCAUCUGUCUUCGAGGGCAAUGUGCAAGGUGUACUGGAGUUAUUGCAGUCAUGGUCACUUUGUGUGGCUUCUGCUGUGGCAGAGGUGGCCAGCCUGGGAGGUUGGUUUGAGUCUGGGAGCAGUCAAAAGAAAAUGCCUGGUCUGUCUGAGAACGAUCUCAUGGUCCUUUCUUACGGCCAGGACAACAAGUCCCCGGCUCGCCACGUGCACAAAGAUGAUAUUCUCCGAAAUUACGCUUUCGGGCUGUAUGAGCGAUCGGUUAUCGAAAACGACCACAGCUCCCGUGAGGGCUGGGAACUGUCGAUUGAAGUAUUGAGCCGUUUCGAUAAUACACACCAGAUGAAGAAGGUUGUAUCGGAAAUCGUGGAUAAGCUUCCUUUGGAAAGCCCCGACCAGUUGGACAAACUGGUGGUUCUUUGCUCAGAACUUGAUUUGGAGGACCAAGGGCGCCGGGUCUCUGAGCGAUUUGGCGACAUGUUGACAUCAAAAUCAGAGAAUUUCGGUCUUGCCCUCGUCUGCUACGCUCGUGCCCAGAGCCGCCGCAAGGUCAAGUCAGUUGUCGACCUCUUGAUUUCCUACAGUUUAGUUCAAUCGCGCGCAUACCCUGCGACAGCCGAUCUUGAUGAACAACUUCGCGCUUUGAUGAAGGACCCCAAAGCAUGCUUGUCGUCCAUUGCCCAAGUUGACGAGGAAGCUGCUCGGAUUCUCCAGUUCUACCUUAGUGGUUACGCGACUCUCCGUCGGUUCUAUGAGAUUCGUGACGAGGAAUUCGAACUGCAAGAGGGCCAGCAACCGCGUUACAAGCCAUUGGCUCGGCGCCGCGCCGCUGCACAGGCUCUUGCGGCUGUCAUUGGCAGUGCUGCGGAUAAUAUCUACGGAGGUCUCUAUGACCCGGAUCGUGAUUCCGCAGUUCAAGUGGAUGGAUUGCUGGCGCUGCUAGGUGAAGCCUGCGCAUUUGUGAACCGUCAGUCUCCCCAUUCCAUGGUGUCCACGAUAUUACCCGAUACUAACUUCCAGCCAGAACCCACUGCAGUUCUAACUGUCUCCCAACAAUUCACCAUCCUCUCUGCCGUUGAGGACCUACAGACCGUCACCCCUCGUGUGUAUGCACAGUGCGAGGAAUGUUUCCGGUCCACUCUGCUGGAAUACCAAUCAUCCAUCCGUGGGGGAUCGGACGGACCCCCCUCUCCCCGCGCUCUGUUGAAGAAAUCGGUCUCCAACUUCUCCGCUUCCUCAUUCGCCUUUAUCGGCAACGACAUGCUCGAGUCCGCGCGCACCCGUUCGGGUUCCGGCUCCGGCCCUACUUCCGUCGGCAGCUCAGGUGUGCUUGUUCCCGGCCCGGGUGAGAAAACCCACGCCGAGCGUGGUUGGGAUUGGCGCGUCGGACUCCCUGAGACCGCCAAAGGAGAGGAUAUUCUUCGGAUGCUGCGACUAGGAUUAGCCCGCGGGUUGAGUCACGGUGUAUUGGGAUCGAUCUGA